AUGCUACUACGAAAUAGACAAGUAAAGGGUCUAGUGCCCCUUUUCCAAAAUACACGGGCCUUUAAAGUAAAUCUCUAUUGCCACCGGUUUACUGUACCUCAGAGUAAUAUUAUUCGAUCAUUUACCUCCUCCUUGGUUAGAAGAUAUGCUGUUAUAAGGGAAAAAGAGAACAAGAAGGAGGUGGCAGGGGCGGCUGCUGAGGCUGUUGAGCCGCCCUUUCAACUGAGCAAGCGCCAGUCGUCAGUAGCAUCUAGCACACAGUAUUCUUUACUUGGACGUAAUGUUUCCACUUCUGAAUUGUCAAUGUUGCGGUCUCUUUUAAGAACCAUAUGGCCCAAGAAUAAUUUAAGAUUUAAAAUAAGAGUUGUAAUUGCCGUAUCGCUACUUAUUGGCUCGAAACUACUUAAUGUUCAAGUUCCGUUUUUCUUUAAGCAGAUUAUAGACCAAAUGAAUAUUGACUGGAGCCAGGAUGUAGGCAUUGUCACAUCUGUGAUUGGUUCAUUAAUUCUUGCUUAUGGUGGAGCGAGAUUUGGAGCUGUGCUAUUUGGAGAAUUGAGAAAUGCCAUUUUUGCCAGUGUUGCCCAGAGUGCCAUAAAGAGAGUUGCAACAAAUACGUUUUCCCGGUUAUUGAAUAUGGAUUUGCAGUUUCACUUACUGCAACAAACCGGGGGGUUAACAAGAGCAAUCGAUAGAGGAACAAAAGGAAUAAGUUCUGUUUUGAAUGCAAUGGUUUUCCAUAUUAUACCGAUUACCUUUGAAAUUAGUAUAGUGUGCGGGAUCUUGAGCUGGAACUAUGGGUAUAGUUUUGCUGCGGUGACUUUGGCUACUAUGAUUGCAUAUCUGACUUUCACAAUACAAACCACAGCAUGGAGAACAAGGUUUAGACGACAAGCAAACAACGCGGAUAACCAAGCGGCCUCUGUGGCGUUGGAUUCGUUGAUCAACUAUGAAAGUGUCAAGAUUUUCAAUAAUGAAGCAUAUCAGCUGAAGAAAUACAAUGAUUCAUUAACAAAAUACGAAAAGGCCAGUGUCAAGGUAGCCACAAGCCUUGCGUAUUUGAAUGCUGGGCAAAAUUUUAUCUUUACACUGGCGUUAACUGCGAUGAUGUAUAUGGGAUGUCAAGGAGUAGCUAGCGGCGGAUUAACUGUGGGAGACUUGGUUUUGAUUAACCAAUUGGUCUUCCAAUUGAGUGUUCCGUUGAAUUUUCUAGGUAGUGUGUAUCGAGAUAUGAAGCAGAGCUUAUUAGAUAUGGAGAAUUUAUUCCAGUUACAGAAUGUGCCAAUAAAAAUUAGGGAUAAGGAAGGAGGAGCACCGGAAUUAGUCUUGAAUAAAAAGAUGCCGGGACAAAUUCAGUUUGAAAACGUUACUUUUGGGUACCAUCGUGACAGGCCAAUUUUGCAAAAUGCUAGUUUUACUAUCCCUGCGGGGCAAAAAGUUGCCAUUGUGGGACCCAGCGGAAGUGGAAAAUCAACUAUCCUCCGGUUAGUCUUUAGGUUUUAUGAUGUUGAUCUGGGAAGGAUACUUAUUGAUGGCAAGGAUAUAAGGGAAGUUUCACUUGAGUCUUUGAGAAAAAAAAUCGGUGUUGUUCCUCAAGAAACGCCACUUUUCAAUGAUACGAUAUUGGAAAAUAUUCGGUAUGGUAAUUUGAAUUCGAGUGAUGAAGAUAUCAAGAAUGUGAUAUCUUCUGUGCAACUUGACAAGUUGAUUAAAGAUCUUCCAGAUGGACUAAACACAAUUGUUGGAGAACGAGGAAUGAUGAUUUCUGGAGGUGAAAAACAACGGUUAGCAAUUGCUCGAUUGUUGUUAAAAGAUGCGCCAAUUACAUUUUUCGAUGAAGCCACUUCUGCUCUCGAUACUCAUACAGAACAGGCAUUGCUCAAAACAAUACGUGGGAUAUUCAGACGCGGACAAAGGACAAAUAUUUCAAUCGCUCACCGUUUACGUACCAUUGCUGAUUCAGAUAAAAUAAUUGUGUUGAAUAGAGGGCAAGUGCAAGAAGAAGGGAAACAUGUUGAAUUGUUGUCUGACGAAAGAUCGUUAUACUCACAAUUAUGGAAUAUCCAGGAGAAUUUGAAUAUUGAAGAAGAAUUGAAGUUUGAAGAGAAUAAAGGGAACAAAAAUCUGGACUUUAUGGAAACCUAA